GAACAUUUAUUUACUCAAACAAUUUGUCUACAUUUGAAAACAGCUCAACAAAGUUCCAACACUCUCACCAAUAAAAUAAGCUUUCCUUUGUCUCUGCCUUUCUUCUCUCAAAUAACCAGCUAGCCCUCCUCUCUCUAUCUCUUCUAGCUGUAGAACAACAUAUUCCAAACCUCUCUCAAUCCAUCAUCCUUUUUCCUUCUUCUUCACCACUCCUUAUUAAUCUUCUAUACAGACACACAAAAAAACAUCAUGGGAACUUCUCAAAUGGGGUUUCUCUUCUUUUGUUCUAUCCUCUUUCUUUCUGCUUCUGCUUCAUCGAGAAAUUUACCUAUCAUAGCCUUUGAUGAAGGGUACACACCCUUGUUUGGUGACAAUAACGUCUUUGUUCAUAAAGAUGGCAAAUCGGUUCAUCUUUCACUUGAUGAAAGAACAGGUUCUGGAUUUGUGUCUCAUGAUCUUUACCUUCAUGGGUUUUUCAGUGCUUCCAUUAAGUUACCUGCUGAUUACACUGCUGGAGUUGUGGUUGCUUUUUAUAUGUCAAAUGGUGACAUGUAUGAGAAGAACCAUGAUGAAAUAGACUUUGAGUUUUUGGGUAACAUUAGAGGCAAAGACUGGAGGAUUCAGACCAAUGUUUAUGGCAAUGGAAGUACCGGCAUUGGCAGAGAGGAAAGAUUUGGUCUCUGGUUCGAUCCGGCUGAGGAUUUUCAUCAAUACAGUAUUCUCUGGACACAAUCUCAUAUCAUAUUCUAUGUAGACAACAUUCCAAUACGAGAAGUCACGCGAACAGAAUCGAUGGGAGGAGAUUUCCCCUCUAAGCCGAUGACUCUAUACGCGACAAUAUGGGAUGCAUCGGAUUGGGCUACCAACGGUGGAAAGUAUAGAGUAAAUUACAAGUAUGCACCUUACGUUGCUAAAUUCUCCGACCUUGUCUUACACGGCUGUGCAGUCGAUCCGAUUGAGCACGUAGCCAGCUGUGACACUGCUCAAACUUCCGAGUCUAUUCCUUCCCGUGUUACGCCACUACAAAGACUCAAAAUGGAGAGUUUCAGAAAGAAGCACAUGACAUACUCUUACUGUUACGAUAAAAUCAGAUACAAAGCUCCCCCGACGGAGUGUGCUAUCAAUCCUCAAGAAGCUGAACGACUAAGAAGAUUCGACCCUGUCACAUUCGGUAGCGGCCGACAUCGUCAUGGAAAACGACGCCAUUCCAGCAGAUCAAGCCAGACACAAGCUGAUUCAUUUUAAAAUAACUCCGCACGAAGAUUAUUUUCAUCCUCGACGACGACGACUCCGUUCGAUUAAACCACCUGGGUUAAAUUUUCUUUUCCUCUCUGGUGUAUAGAAAGAGAGGAACAUAUAAUUCAUGAGUAUGAUAAUUUUGAUAUGGUAUGCAUGUGUAUAGUUCAUACCUUAGUUUCCCAGGUAUUUUGUGAUUUAUGUUGUGCUUUAUUCCAAUAUUAUUAUUAUUAUUAUUAUUAUUAUUAUUAUUAUUAUUAUUAUUAUUAUUAUUAAA